CUUUCAUUGGCUGAAAACUCUCAAGAAAAUCCAAUUCCUUAAUUUCCCAAUCACCACUUGAUAUGGAACAAUAUGGGCAAUGAACAACUUUUCAUCACCUACAAACGCAGAAACCUCACAAACUACACAGCAAGAAGAAGACGUCGACGGAGAAAGAGCUCGCUGCGAGUGGGAUUUUCGCAUCUCCGCCGUAGUUUCUUCUCCGACCUCCGCCGCCGGAGCUGUUUCCGACGCUCUUGGGGUUCUAGAGUUUGACCCGUCCGAUAAUUUCUUGGCCACCGGCGGAAUAGCCCGGAAAAUUAGGGUUUACAGUGUUAACUCGCUAGUUCCUAUUAGGGAUCAGGACGAAGGAUACGACGCCGUUUCGCUUGAUCAUAGCACUGCAUGCGAUUAUUACAUCUGCACGCCGGCGAAGCUUAGUAGUUUAAAAUGGAAGCCCGGGUGGAACAGCCGGGUUCUCGGGUCGGGCGACUACGACGGGGUAGUAAUGGAAUAUGACCUGGAGAGAAGAGUGCCGGUUUUCGAGCGUGACGAGCACGGCGGCAGGCGCGUUUGGAGCGUGGACUAUUCCCAUUCCGACCCCGUCGUCGGCGCGUCGGGGUCCGACGACGGCACCAUGCAGACGUGGGACCCGCGCUGCCAAAACGGGAAGUGUCUCGCGACGGUGCAGCCCAGCAAGGCGCGUAGCUCCGUCUGCUGCGUGCAGUUCAGCCCCUUCGCCCCUUCCAUCGCCGCCGGCUGCGCCGACCGGAAAACCUACACCUACGACCUCCGCAAAACGGCGGAGCCGCUCUUCAUACUCGACGGUCAUCUCAAGCCCGUGACCUACGCCAGAUUCCUCGACCACCGUACGAUCCUAACCUCAAGCAUCGACGGCUGCAUCAAAAUGUGGGACACCGACCACCGCAACCUCGUCCGUACAUACAAAGGCCACAUAAACUCCACGAGAUUCGUAGUAUUUUUCUUUAUAGGUUUAUCUGUGUGGAAGAAGGGCGGGUUGAUCAGUUGCGGGUCGGAGAAUAACCAAGUGUUCGUGUACGAUACGAGGUGGGGCGAGCCCAUAUGGGUAUACGGGUGCAAGUCCACGGGUCAACCCGGGCCCGAACAUGGGUUCAUUAGUUGCGUGUGCUGGAUGCAGAGGGGAGACGAUCACUGCACGCUUGUCGCCGGCGGCUCCGACGGAGUGUUGAGAGUUUUCGCCGGCAAACGGCGGAAGGCGGCGGUCACUUACAAUCUAGCUUAGCUGAUUUGACACAACACCAGGUGUUAUUAUAUACGCAUAUAUAUACGGCAACGUUAAGAAUAAGAAAAUGAAUGCGAUUUUUGAGGAAUCUCGAUUGAAUGAUUCUUUCUUCCCAUCGAUUGAAUGAUUCUUUUUUGAUUAAUUGAUUGUUUAAAUCAGAACUUCUUUGAAUUACAUGAUUAAUCGUGAUGUAAUAAUAUUGGGUACUCGUUAGACCAA